UAAAAAGUUUUAUAAACUGAUACGGAGGAAGUAUAUUUUUUAAUAAUAUAAAGAGGUCCCUUGCAAAAAAAAGUUCUAUCACAGGGACCAACAUCCCUCUUUGGGCCACAUUUGGGCCUAAGCAGCGCAAAAACCGCGGCCCACCAGAGGGAAGCGGGGCCCUCUCCUCUACUCUCCCGCGGCCACCUUCUCCGAGAAAUCCGCUUCGGCGCUUCUCCCCGGCUGCUUUUUUGCUCCGCCUCGGCGCCUCCCAUCCACCACCGCCACCGCCAUCGCCUCCGCCUCCGCCUCCGCCGCCGCCACCGCCUCCGCAACUCGGCGCUCGCCCCGCUCAACCGGCAGGAGGACCAAGAUGGAAAACAUACGGCCAAACAUGUUCUCGAACAUACCUCAGCGGUAUGUGGGAACUAAAAGGGCAGAUUCUUUGUUUUUCAUCAAGGUGCAAGUCGCAUCAACAGAUUAUAAGGUUCAGAUAAAGGAACAUUUGGUGAAUAAUUGUGGUAUCAGAAGUAAAGCUGUCGACAAAUGGUUUCAAGCAGUUACUGUGGCCACAGGAUUUACAGCUGUUGAGGUUGAGAACUUCUACUACAUUCUAACAUGUGCCCAUCUAUUUGAAUAUUUCUAUUCAGCUGAGAUCAAAGUUGACUGUGACAAAUUAAAUUCUUGGUUUAACAUUUUGAUCAUAUGCCAACACUAUGAGUCUGACAUGAUUGCUAACCACCCAAACCUUUACGCGGAUCCAAGUAAUGACCCAAGAUUCUAUUCGCCUGCAAGAAUCGUUAAAUUGGAUCAAAGUAAAGAUUUGAUGCUGUUGAAAGUGAGCAAGAGGUAUUUAUAUGGGAAUCAUACCAUGCAGUUAUGUCAAAUGCCACACCCAGUUCUCAGUCUUGCUACUGUUAAGCCCCGUCCUGCUGAUGAUAUCAUGUUAGUGUCUUGGCCACCUUGCAGAAAAGACUCAGUAAUCACUGGCCAAUUGGUUGCAAGAGACAGAGUAUAUGGGCAGCUGACCCAGUAUUUGUGGAAAGGAUACAGCAUGCAUCUAGUUGAGCUGAAUGUAGUUGGAGGAGCAGGUUGUUCUGGUGCUCCAGUGCUGAGUCACCAAGCAGCAGUCAUUGGUUUAUACCAUGGCCGUAUUGAGUCUUUGGGAUAUGCAGUAUCUGCUGCAGAUAUCUAUGAAUUUUGCCUGGGAGCUCACCAGCUUUGAAUUUGUCACUGGUGGGAGUAGGAAAAGUACCUUUUUUGUGAUGAUUGGUGGAGUUUGUGUGUUGGUGCAGUUGUGAGUCGGUGCAACUAGCUGUGAAUUGGGACAACUAGGUAUCUUCUUCAAGAUGAUUGGUGGAGUUUGUGUGUUUGUGCAGCUGUGAAUUGAGACAACUAUCUUCUUCAAGAUGAUUGGUAGAAUUUGGCUAACAUAGUGGAUCUCCAAUAGUCCAAAUUUUGAUAAUGUGACAUUAAACAUCUCAAUAUUUUUUAUAUGCAAAAUUUAUUGCUGAAUGCUCGCAAAGCGUGGCAUCAUUUGAUAAACAUCGCAAAAAUGUGGCCUUGCUAAAAGAUAUUCCGUGGUAUUUUGCUAGUGGACAUGGGGCCAUUAAAAUGUAAUUUCUAGUUGAGUUGGAAAGAGAUGCCAAUUUGCCUCUCAUAUUCAUAUGUGAUAUAUAUGUUGAGGCCUCUGCUCUGUUUGUUACAGUAAAUGAUAUACUCACUCUAUUGAAGGUAA